GUUGAUAUUUGAGGCCCUUUAGCAGUUUCCAGUUACAAUGGUUUCCAUUAUUUCCCUACCAUUGUAGAUGACAAGUCUAGAUGUGUGUGGACUUACCUUAUGAAGUUUAGAUAUGAAGCCAGAAAAUUGUUAAAAGAUUUUUGUGUGACGGUCAAAACACAUUUUGAAAAGACUGUUAAAACAGUAAGGUCUGGUCAGGGGGAGUUUCACAUGCCUGAUUUCUAUUUAAAGUUUGGAAUAACUCACCGAAUGUCAUGUGUUGAAACACCACAACAGAAUGCUCGUGUGGAGAGAAAACAUCAAGAAAACAAAACUCCCUAUGAAAUCCAAUAUGGCCAUCCACCUGAUGUAUCAAAUUUGAAAGUGUUUGGGUGGCUGUGUUAUGCUAGAACUCUUAGCCACAACAAAACAAAAUUCUCUCCUAGAGCUAAACCAUGUAUUUUCAUGGGGUUUCCACCAGGAGUAAAGGGGUACAAAUUGUUUGAUUUGCAAGGACAAAAUGUCUUUUUCUCUAGGGAUGUGGUGUUUCGUGAAAACAUCAUUCCUUGCUUAUCUACUGAUUCCAGUCCUCCAUGUACCUCCACAUCUCAAGUACCUUAUACCUUCAUUUCUCCUACCACAGAACCAUUCCCGACUCAGUCAUCUCCUCUUGAUCCAGAACCCUUACCAAAUCCCAACACUUCUUCUCCUACACCUGAAAGUCCAGUACCUACUUCUCCUCAACCUCUAUCUCCGGAUUCUUCUCCUUCUUCUUCUUCCUCAAAUUAGAUAGGAUCUCCUAUCCCAGAACCUCCAUCUCCACAAAACACCAGCUUACCCAUUGCCAUCAGAAAACCAUCCAGACGUUGUGAUUUAAUGAUUAUGUCAUGCAUCCAGGAAACACACAUAACAAGACUUUGUAUCCUAUGGUUGCUUGCUUGUCAUAUGAUCAACUGUCACUAGGUUAUAAGAAGUAUGCGAUGGCAAUAGAUUCAGUGGCACUUCCAACAUGCUUUGAAGAAUCCGUGAAGGAUGAAUGUUGGAGGAAAGCUAUGGAUGUGGAGAUUGGGGCUUAUGAAGCUAAUAGAACUUGGGGCAUUGUCCCUGGACCACUUAAUAAGAGGGAGAUGGGGAACAAAUGAGUAUAUGCUAUUAAAUUCCAUGCUAAUGGUGAUAUUGAGAGGCAUAAAGCUAGGUUGGUGGCUAAAGGAUUCACACAAAUAUAUGGAAUAUAUUUCCUAGAUACUUAUUCUCCAGUUGCAAAAUUGAAUUCAGUUGAGACUCUUUGGCUGUGUACAUGGAACUACCACCUGAAUUCUCUCUAUGGUUUAAAACAAGCAUCUUGCCAAUGGUUUGCUAAGCUUACUUAUGUGCUACUCAACUUUGGUUAUGUGCAAUCUCAGAAUGAUCACUCCAUGUUUACAAAUCACUCUCCCUUUGGUAUUUCCAUUCUCGUGGUGAAUGUUGACGAUAUCAUCAUUGCUGGUGAUGAUACAUCUAGUAUGCUGGCGUUGAAGACUCAUCUUAGUUCUCAGUUCAAGUUGAGAGAUCUGGGUCAUCUCUAUUAUUUUCUAGGACUGGAAAUGGGUGGAUCCAUGGAGGGUUUGCACAUAUGUCAGAAGAAAUAUUGCACUGAUCUAUUGACAUACACUGGAUUUACAUAUUCUAAACCAGUUUUCACACCAAUUAACAUGAAACCAGACUUUCUGCAGAUAAUGGUCCUCUUAUGGAAGAUCCCACGCUUUUCAGAAAGAUAGUUGGUAGGUUACACUACCUAACCAUUACUCGACCUAAGAUAACCUUUGUUGUACAACAGUUAUGCCAGUAUCAAGCAGCCGCUACAACCACACAUUUGCAAAUUGCAUACAGGAUCCUCAAGUUUCAGUAAAAUGCUCCACGUCAUGAUCUUUUCUAUCCAUCAUCUUCUGAUUUGAAGUUAGGGGGUUAUAGUGAUUGGGAUUGGGCAUCUUGCCCUGAUACAAGAAGACCCACAAAUGGAUAUUGCAUCACUUUUGGUUCUUCUUUGAUCAUUUAGAUCCAAGAAACAAAGUAUUGCUUCCAGAUCAUCAUCCGAGGCUGAGUAUAGAGCUCUAGCUCAACUAACCUGUGUAGCGGUUUGGGUUAAGAGAUUGUCACUGGAACUCGGUAUAGAACAUCCUCAACCUGUGAAUCUCUUCUGUGACAGUCGAUCUGCAAUUUAUAUUGUAGAAAAUCCAGUAUUCCACGAGAAAACAAAACAUAUAGAGAUCGACUGUCAUUUGGUUAGACAAUUCCUCCAAUCGAAACUAAUAGGGCUAGGUCACCUUGAAACUAAGAAUCAAAUAACUGACUUGUUCAUGAAGGGACUCAACCUCUUUAGACUCGAUUGCUUGUUAUCCAAGCUAAACAUACAGAACUUGUAUGCAUCAGCUUGAGGGAGGGUAUUGAGAUGAUUCCAUCGACUUCAGCACUAUAGAGUUUAUAGGACAACGACGUUUCUCCCUCAGAAGCAACAGAUGGGCUGAGUAGAGAAUGGUAUCAUCUUAAAUACUGUGGAGUCAGUUUUCCAUUUUUACUGUACAUAUAUACGUGUUUACUUCUAAUUGGUAGAUAGGUCUUUUUCAGUUUGUUAUCGUUUGUAACUUUCUUCUCCUUCGUUGAGAAGUAAAGACAGAGUACAUAUGCCAAACAUUUGAGUCGCAAGAAAUUCUGCGGAUUCCUUUACCAAUUUCUAAUAUCCAAUUUGAUAGGCACCUGUUGGAUGGUUUGGGGAGGUCGACAAAAAAUGUUAUAGUUAGAU